ACACACACACACACACAGAGUCACAACACUGUCAUACAUGACUCUCUAAGAAACAAACCUGCUGGACGAGUUCCCGGAGUCACAAAUAAUGAAUGACAGAACGUCAGUGAAACAGUAGUUGAAAGUUUUCUCACUACAGGGUUUCAUGUUUAAGGUUUCACUGACUCGGCUUUUAAAAGAAACUCUGCACAUGCAGAAUCACAAUGGAAUUUGCUUGUGAGUUUGUUUAUGUGCCGCCGCAGAAUCAGAGGGAUGGCCAGCGACCCAAUGUCCCGAAACGCUCAGCUCUCCUCCCUCCUGUGAACCGAGUCCGUCCUAGCAUACCUCCGCCUCCUCCUCCGACAACAACCCACACUGCCGAUGCCAAAUCGCCAAAAUUCCACGCGUCUGCCCCUCUGAUGAUCGUUGACCAGUUGGAAAAGGGCAAAGUUGUGAAAAAGCCGGUGAAGCCGCCUCAGCACUAUGAAAAUGUAGGGUUUCACACUAAACUGGAGGCGGCGCGUUCACACAAUGACCCGAGUAAACAGUCGGCGACUCCUCGAAAGACAGCUCUUCUCCCGCCACAUAUGAAACCUACAGCGAGCACAAGCAGCCGCUCUCCACCAGACAGCCAGCCUCCUCUCAAGGGUCAGAUUUUUAAUUAUGACCUGCCAAAGGACGAGCCGCAUUUAAACGCCCAUUCCGGUGACCCAACGUAUUCAUACAGCACACCGGAAGGCACGGGGGAUGAAGUCAGGCUUCCGGUGGAUAACAACAAUGUGGCGAUCCAGACAAUAGCUCCAGCUCUCCCACCGAGACCGUCGUUCAUGAAGUCCAUGCCAGACUACCUGGUGGUCCUGCCGUCGUCCCCUCCUACUUCCUCCUCUCAAAAGUCCCCUUCAAAUUCAUCACUUUCCCAGUCUUCUGCCACGAAAGCAUCCACAGAUAAGGAACCCCUUCCAGGGAAUCCCAACGUUGUCUUAGUCAGUUUAGGAAAAUUACUCUCGGAGGAAAAAGUGCAAGCCAUACACAGUGAACCCACGUUCUGCCCUCAGUGUGGCGCUGUGCUGGACUCCUGCUAUUAUAAUGUGGACCACGUGUGUCACUUCUGUCAGUUGUGGGAGUCCGCCAGUCCUCCCCACAUUCCACCCAGUGCGCUCUUCUCUCUCGACCCGGAUGAAAAGCCCCCGUGUGCCGCUGGCGCUCUGCUGUUCUUCUGCAUCGACAUCUCGGGCUCCAUGAGCAUCACCUCACAGAUGGCGCUGGGAGAGGACUUCAUCCACAGAACCCGUCUGGAGUUUGUCCAGGAAGCUGUGACUCAUUGUGUCCACAGACUCGGUGAACAGCACCCAGACCUGAGAGUGGGGCUCAUCACCUUCAACCAUCAGGUUACAAUUCAUGGCUAUGAAAAUGUCACCUCGCGUAACCUGAGUGGUGCUGAUCUGAUAGACGUUGACUACAUAAAAGAAGCUGCAGCCAGUUUCCCCACUCCACCUCCACUCUCACAGACCAAGGACUUCUUAACCAGACAAGUUUUGGGGUUAUCUGAGAGUGGGACCACAGCUCUGGGUCCAGCUGCGCUCCUGGCAAUCGCGAUGGCCUCCAGACAACCAGGCUCCAAAGUGAUCAUCUGCACAGAUGGGAAAGCCAACACAGACUUAGGAAACCUGGAAGAGGAGGAUAUCGAGGCCUGUACCCUCCUCUCGUCCACCAUCUUCUACCAGGAGCUGGGGGAUUACGCUGCUAAUCAGGGCGUGACGGUGUCUGUGCUGUCCAUAGAGGGAACAGACUGCAGGCUGGAUGAGCUGGGAAGACUCGCCGACCGCACCAGAGGCAAAGUGGUCAUAGCAAAUCCCAACAUGCUGCACCAAGAGUUUGAACACAUCAUCAUGAACAGGACCAUAGCUACACACUGCACUGUUACAGUGCAGCUGCCCAAAUCACUGCAAAUGAGAGGAGAGAGGGAGUCCGGACACAAAGGAACCAGAGAGGUUGGGAACGUGGCCCCAGACACAGAGAUCACCUUCCAGUUUGGAGCAAAUGAACAGGACACAGAUGUGCCGCUGCCAGCCUCUGGCAGCCGUGUGUCCAUCCAGCUGCAGAUCAGGUACAGGCAGCGCAACGGACAGGCGAUGCUCAGAGUGAUAACUUCAAACCGAGACGUCACCGACGACAGCGCGGCGGCCCUGUCCUCUCUGUCUCUGGCCAUCAUUCAGCUCAACUCAUCACAGGCCAGCGCCGCUCUGGCUGUCAGAGGCCGCUUCCUCGAUGCCAGGAGGGAAGGAGAGCUGCAGAGGAAACUGAUAGAGAGAGCAAUUGAGCACAAUCACAGUGUCCAGGAUAAAGAGACUUACCGAGACUGGAUUAUAACGAUGGAGCCGAUAUACAACAACAAUUAUAACUUCACACGGAGACAAUCUGUCAUUUCAGACUCACAGUCUCUGACCGACGCUGGUGCGGCACUGCUGUACGCCAUGAAGCACAGCAACAGGAAGUCCAUCUCAUUGAAGAAUAAACAUCCACACUAGCAAAUCCUUUUUUUCUUUUUUUUUAAAAAAAACCUUGUUGAAAGGACUUUAUCUGGCUGAACGUCAUACAGUACAUUUCACGUUCAUGUAAAUAAUGUAUCAGCUGGAAACAGUGUCAUCUAUAUCAUAAAUAUCAGUGUAAAAAUAACCAUAUUUGACAUGUUUUCAGUGGCAGAUUGAAUCCUGAGUCCAAAACACAUCACACACCUCACUCAGGGAAAUACAUUACAGCAGCACAGCUGCUCUCUUCUGAGUUCUGAAGCUGAUUUAAUUCUAUUGUCAUUGUAUUAUUUCCUGAAAGGCAAGUUUAUUUUGUUAUUAAGUGAAAGUGAAAAUUAAAUGAAAUAGGAUGGAACAAUAGUUAAAGAUGGCCAGAGUUUGGGCAUAUCUUGUAUUUUACAAUUAUUUAUUCCAGAUACAUGUAGCAUAAUAAAUAAGUAAAUAAAUAAAUGCAGCUUCACCCUGUUUUGUUCAAUCACAGGGACAUUAAACA